GCACGACGCAAAUGUCAAAGUGCUUUGUGAGUUUUCCGUGAUUACUCAUCGUCGCGGAACAGGGAAGCCAACAGUCGGGAAGGUAUUCUCCGCUUUCGGGUGUUUCCAGGGAGGCGACCAUGGCGACCAACUUUCCGCCCGUUUCGGAGCUGAUGAAACCGAUUCAGCACUACCUGAAGACGGCCCAAGAGCACGAUGGCCGCGAUCCGAUCGUGGCCUACUGGUGCCGUCUGUACGCCCUGCAGAUGGGGCUGAAAAUAGCGAACCAGGGAGCGAACGAACGGAAGCUGCUGCUGGCGAUUAUGGACUGGCUGGAGACGACCAAAACGCAAAUGGCGGACAACGAAUCGGUCACGAACGAGGUGGCGGCCCAGGCGUAUCUGGAAAAUUACGCCCUCAAGCUGUUUCUGUACGCCGACAAGCAGGACCGGGCCAGCAAUUUCGGCAAGAACGUGGUCAAAGCGUUUUACACCGCGGGCAUGAUUUACGACGUGUGCCAGAUAUUCGGCGAACUGACGGAGGAAGUGACCCAGAAUCGCAAGUACGCCAAGUGGAAGGCAUCGUACAUUCACAACUGUCUCAAGAACGGCGAAACGCCCGUGCCGGGUCCGAUGCCCGCGGAAGACGAUAAGGAGCUGGACAACGAACUGGAGGCCCUCGGUGGUGGUGCUGGUGGGCCGGAGGCACCGAAUGCCGAUAGUCAACCCGGACCCAGUCAUGCUCCACCGCAAGUCCCGCAGCCGCCGCGCGUACCAUCGCAACCGUACACACCACCACCGGCUGUCCCAUCAUCCUACGCCACCACCGAUCCGUUCAGCAACGUCAAAGCACCGACACCACCGAGCGAACCGGAGAAGUCACCCGGAGGUUUCCAAGCGUACACCGGACCGGGUGGUCCCGCCACUGGUGGCCCGGUAAACCCGGCCGGUGUUCCGCUACGACCGGAGCAGCUGGCCAAGGCGCAAAAAUACUGUCGCUGGGCCGAAAGUGCCCUCAACUACGAGGAUUUGACAACGUCGAUCGAUAAUCUCCAGAAAGCGCUCCGUUUGCUGCAAACCGGCCAGGAUGGUUAGCCUCGAAAUGAAUGGUUUUUUUUGUUACAUCUUAGUCCCUUAUAAUCCCGCGUGCCGCACCCGUCUUUGUGUUUAACCUUUCUAGAACUGUACAAUAAACGUACCUGCUUCGAGACUCC